AUGACCCCGAGGGCGUGCGGGUUCAUGUUCUUUGUCCCCUGGAGCGCCAAGCCGGUGCUCCUUGGUUUCCAGCGGAGCCCAGCGCGUUCCCGGACGCCGCUGCGGGGCGACGUCGCCUCUGUCACAACCGCGUCCUCUCCUCCGCGCCGGAGCGUCACGCUAGGCGACGUCCUGGAGAAGGACCGCAAGCUACGCGAUGGCGGCCUGUCGCAUUGGUACGACGAGAAGAGCGGCAGUGGCAAGGAGUGGGCGAACCCAGGGUGGGGCAUGGCGCUUCUUGGUACGAGCAAGAGGUACUGCGCGGACGCAAGGAAGGCACUGAGCAGGUUGACUCGCUCUGGAAUGGACAGCGGCGACAGCCCAAGGAUCGGCACCGGCAGGGAGCGGAGCAGCAGCAAGCAAAAGCAGGCCGCCUCCAUGCUGCGCUCAACGUCGGUCAAGAUGCCGCCGCUUUCGCCGCCGUCCGAGUCGUGGCUCAGCAACGCUAGGCGGAGCAAUGCGGGGAGUAACAAAAGUUGA